AGUCGGCACCUGACCUGACGACGAGCAGGUGUGUUGAGCGCUCCGCCAGCGGGGGAUACCUGUCCAGCGCUGCACAGAAGAGGACAGUUGGUGAGACGCUGUGGUGUGAAGUGCGAACGUGUUGAUUGAGCUUGACGGAAGUCGAGCGAUACGUUGAUUUUGGCAAAGACCUUGCGCGUUUUUGGAAGGUUGUAAAAAGACUGCCGACUCACGCAAGAAGAGGCGGCAGGCUGCGCCGUGCCAGCCCGUAACUGGAGCUUGACUCUGGGAGCUGUGAGGAGGGUUCCACAUCCCUAGUCACGGAGCGACUGUGGCGGACGCUUCUGUGGACUGUCGGGAGGUGUGGGGACUGCCGGACUCGGGUCAGACCGAGCUACUGCUGGUGCCCUCGCCGCCUGUGAUGAUGCUGUCCGACCCGAAGGGCGGCACGUUCCACCGGCUGGAGAGCCUGGUGGUGAGCUCGGCCGACUCGCCCGAUGUGCCCGAGGUGUCCUCGUCGCGCCUCUCGCCGCUGUCGGCUCCCUCCCCGUCCACCAACGCCGUGCUGGCGUCGCCCACACAGGCCAUGGAGCCGUCCGAUUUCGAGGUGGUGGGCCUGGACGGCGCCAUGUGGCACGAGCUGGAGCUGGGCAUGACGGGCCCGCUGGUCACCCAGCUGCCCGGCCUCGGAGGGCCGCCACACCAUAUGAGGAAGAUUCUCAUCACGGCGCCGCCGCAGACCAUCGUCCCCACCAAGGGCCACGAUGACAUGUCGCCGCCAAAUAGCAAUGGACCCUUCAACAACAACAAUGUUGAAGAAAAGAAGAAGAAAGGUCCGUUGCCCCGGCUCAGUGAGGAGCUGUGUCUAGUCUGUGGAGACAGGGCCUCGGGCUACCAUUACAACGCUCUCACGUGUGAAGGUUGCAAAGGUUUCUUCCGGCGAAGCAUGACGAAGAACAUUGUAUACGUGUGUAAAUAUGGCCAGAACUGCGAGAUCGAUAUGUAUAUGCGGAGAAAAUGUCAAGAAUGUCGCCUGAAGAAGUGUCUCGCCGUCGGGAUGCGGCCAGAAUGUGUGGUUCCCGAGUUCACGUGCAAGGCCAAGCGUCAGGAGAAGGAGAAGCAGCGCGGUCGGGCGCGCUCUGGCUCCGUGCCCUCCGAGCCGUCCACUCCCACUCCGUCCGACGCCGGGGACAAGCGGGGCAUCCUGUCGCCGGCCACGAUCUCUCAGGACGAGGUGGCCGUGGCCCAGGGUGCCGGUGAGCCGGGCGGCGGCGGCGGCGGCGGCCCCGGCUCCGGCCCUCUCUGUAUGCCGGUGCCCGGUCGGAAGACGCUGACCGCUGAGCAAGACGAGCUCAUCAACCGACUGGUGCGCUACCAGGAGGAGUACGAGUCGCCAACCAAGGAGGACAUGCGCCGAUCGGCGGCCCAGGUGAACGCGUCGGCCGCCGACGACUCGGAGCUGCACCUGAGCCGUAUCACAGAGAUGACCAUCCUCACCAUCAAGCUGAUUGUCGAGUUCAGCAAACGGCUCACCUUCUUCGACCGGCUGCUCAAGGACGACCAGAUCACGCUGCUCAAGGCCUGUUCGAGCGAGGUGAUGAUGCUGCGCUGUGCCCGUCGCUACGACGAGGACACUGAGUCAAUCGUGUUCGCCAACAACUACCCGUACACGCGCGCCGCCUACGAGCGCGCCGGACUGGACGCCUCCACCAUCGAGAAGAACUUCAAGUUCUGCAAGAAGAUGUCCAAGAUGAAGGUGGACAACGCCGAGUACGCCCUGCUGACCGCCAUCGACAUCUUCUCCGAUCGGUGCAUGCUGCAGGAACCAGAGAAGGUGGAGCGGAUCCAGUCCAUCUACGUGGAGGCGCUGAGGGCGUACGUGGACUUCCAGCGGCCGCCGCCGACCGGCGUCAUCUUCGCCAAGCUGCUCAGCGUGCUGACCGAGGUCCGUCAGCUGGGCAAGCUCAACACCGAGCUCUGCUGGUCGCUGAAGCUGAAGCAGAAGACGCUGCCGCCGUUCCUGCACGAGAUCUGGGACGUGCCGGCGUAGCGAUAUGGCCAGGACUGCGCGCGCGCUAAGAGACGCUGAACGCACGGGUGCGUGAGACUGUGACGGGGCAUUUAGUGAACAUGUGAGCGAGUUCAGUGGUGGAGUGAAUGGUCCACGAAAGAACGCACGGACGAACGGGCGAAUUCGGUGUGAAUACUGAGAACCUGAGAAGUUUGCGCAGUGUUAUUGAGACCACGCUUCAUGAGAACGCUGGACGUUCUCACCGGUGUUGGUGAGAUUCGCACGGUGGCCGCCAGGUGGUGAGAUCUCUCACCUACGGACGGUAGAGGACGGGCCGAGAGAGAGAGGGAGGGAGGGAGGAACAGUCGGCUGACCGGUCAGGAGCGGGUCUUCCAAUCUCAGAUGUUUAUUCGAUAGUGUGAUGUGUAGUUGCACGUGUGCCUGUAUAUCUGUGUCUUACAGACGAUGACAUGUAUUGUAUAGUAUAGCCUCUGGUAUGUUGUGUAGGAGACGGGUGACCGUCUCCGCCUGUCCCAGUCUCCAUAAAUGAACCGUGCACGUGAUGUGGUGUAACAUAUGCCUGCGUGUAAACCGCCAGCUGUGGUGAUGCACUCUGGGUUGUGACAGACAAUAUUGACCGCGCUGUAUAAAGUCGUUCACUGGAUACUGGCCUGCGGUUGAGUAGUGUGUGUGGCAGUGAUGUACUCGCUCAAACGAGUCGUGUCGUGUGGCAUUACGUGUGUCCGGCGGCCGCCUGCAGUGAGUCGGCGGGAGGCUGCGCCUAGCCGGCCGCCCAGUUAGUGUUCAAAGUACAAAGGCGGGCGCUGCUGGCGGCGCCGAUAACCGCUGCAUUUGUACAGUAAUUCUGGUCGCGGAUGUGGGGACAGGGACUUGGAAUAAAUGACACGGAUGCGUCGUCUGGUCA